AGUGUAAUUUGAAGAAAAGAGAACAAAGAAAUCAGAGAGUAUAAAAUCCCUCGGCUAGUCUGCACUUGGUCAGAGUAAAGCUCGACAGACAGGCGCGCGCACUCUCCCCGCCUUCCCUCGCGCUCGUAUAGUAAAGUGCACUCUGAAUCAGAUCAGGAUGAUGCGAUCUGCACAGCUUCUCGCUGCAGUCAUAUACUGCUUAGUGUGCAUUCAUUCUCUACCGGUACCAGACGGAAACAGCCACAGGUACAAACCUGCUGCGGACUGGCCUCAAAAGACCCAUCACCAUGGCCUGAAGAAGAGCGGCCGGCUUCAUCACAUUCAGGACACCCUGAGUGAAGACUCUAGCAAUAAAAGAGUACUUCCACACUCGACUCUUCCCAAGAAUGACACUGAGUUCUGGAACAGACCUCGCUGUGGAGUCCCAGACUACCCCUCACAGAAGGAAGGGAGCGUCCUUAAUUACUCAACCCUAAAAGGAGGUUUGCUUGGGGGCCGUCAUCGCCAAAAACGCUUUGAUUUGUUCGGAGGACGCUGGGACAAAACAGACCUCACAUACAAGAUCAUGCGGACGCCUUGGCAGCAGAGUUUAGAGAAAGUCAGACAUGUGCUGAGAGAAGCACUGCAUGUCUGGAGUGACGUCACCCCUCUCACCUUUACUGAGGUCACCAGUGGCCGGGCGGAUAUCAUGAUUGACUUUAACAGGUACUGGCAUGGAGACAAUCUUCCUUUUGACGGCCCAGGAGGAAUUCUGGCUCAUGCCUUCUUUCCCCGAACUUACCGAGAGGGAGACAUUCACUUUGACUAUGAUGAGACUUGGACAGUGGGCAACAGUAUGGGUACUGACCUCCUUCAGGUGGCUGCUCAUGAGAUCGGUCAUGUUUUAGGAUUGCAGCACUCCAUGGCACCAGGCGCAGUGAUGUCGCCUUUCUACACUUUCUCCUACCCACUCAAACUGAGUGAAGAUGAUAAGCGAGGUAUACAGUCUUUAUAUGGAUCCAGACACACAGAUGAUAAAGUAAAGACGGAGGAGAGAACUCCCAAGGUCACAGAAACAAAUGAGAUUGAAAGCACAGUGCCUGAUGCUUGCCAAACUGACUUUGAUGCUGUAUCUAUGAUCCGAGGCGAGCUGUUUUUCUUUAAGUCGGGUUAUGUAUGGCGGAUCCGUGAUGGUAAACUCCAGACUGGAUAUCCUGCACUGGCAUCCAGGCACUGGAGAGGAAUCCCGGGUGACAUUGAUGCUGCUUUUGAGGACAAAUCUGGAAAUAUCUGGUUCUUCCAAGGCCAGAGUUACUGGGUUUUUGAUGCAGAGCGGCAGAUCACAGGGCCGGACUCUGUACGAAGACUAGGUCUAACAGUGACUGACAUCCAGGCCGCCCUCAUGUGGGGAGAAGAUAAGGCCCAGAAGAUCUACUUCUUCAAAAAAGGUAGCUACUGGCGAUUCAACCUGAAGGAAAACCGGGUAGACUCUGUCCACCCUCGCAGCAUGAGGGACUGGAGGGGCGUUCCGGAUGACAUCGACGCUGCUUUCCAGGACCGAUUCGGCUUUGCCCACUUCUUGAGAGGGAAGCAGUACUGGAAGUUCGACCCAGUAGAAGUGAGGGUGCUGGAGGGAUACCCACGAUAUAUUGGCAUGGAUUUCUUUGAUUGUUCUGCAGCCCUGUAUCGAUGAAUCACUGGUACAACUAUGUAAUGCUGAUCUUUGGCACGCAACUAGUGUAACAGGCAGUUUCUCAUGUUUAACUUUAAACCAAACUAGGUCUGGUAUUUUUAUUUAUAUCAUGCAAAGUGUCAGAUGGACAGUCUCUAAAUCAGACCACUGGAUCAAAUUAUUAUUUUUUUUUUGUGUG